UUUUUGUAAGUUUUUACGCUGGCUCUCAAACUGUUCCUUUUUUUUAAUACAUAUGUCAAGAGCAGCUGUUGAAUUACAUUUUAGUUUUCUAUAGACUAGGCGGGCUUAUUUAAACAAUUUUGUUUGUUUAUAAAUGUUAAUUGGUUUUCUACAUCUAUAUAAAAAUUUUUAAUUUAAAAACAAUAUGAAAUUCGUGGAAUAUGGCGAUGAGUUUUUAUUCGAUGACAUGCCGAAGGUGUAUAAUCCCACACAAAAGAUCUUUAUUACUCGGCUGCAUGGAUUAAGUCAGUUGCAUCUACCAGCGAAAGUGCCAAAAAUCUAUACCAGUAAACCACUCGCUUGGCGGUUAAAAAUGCACUUCAACAGCAAAGGAGAGCAGGUACCUAUAAAAUUUUUCUUUUCGAAGUUUUUACCGGUCAAAUAUUGGAAAAAUAUUUUUGAGAACUCCAUACAGUUACUAACAGAUACCAACUUUGUCUAUUUGAAUCCCGGACGGAAUCCUUAUAUAUUGCAUCUAAAUGAUGAGAAGCGCGUGAAAAUUCACGUAUUUGAGGAGCCGACAGCAACGCGUAACCUUAUGGUGCUAAUACAAAAAGAUGGCAAAAUUACUCAUUUAUAUGCCGGCGGAUGUGUUUUCUUACGGGAUAUUUUGCUUGAUGAUGCAUUCGUUGCCUGUAUUACGAUGGGUGUUGAAAAGCUCUUUAUGGAUUUGAGACGUGCACCCAGCCAGUGUAAUCCCAACGAGUUGAAAGAUAUCACAGAGGAAUUGGAUCGUCUAUUGCACAAAAAUAAACAAGUUUUUAAAAUACUAUUAGUCGUCGAAAUAUUCGGUAGUGAAGAGUUAGUGGCAGAGCUAGGCAAUCAGUUGCGCGGUUUAGUGCACCUCAAUGAUACAUUUCUCAAUCUAAAUGGACAUUUUCUAUGCUUGGAGCACUUUCAAAUGGAUGUUGAAAAAGCACGAAUAUUCGUCGAACACGAGGCGAAUAAAGAAGAAUUCACAAAGCAUUGCCACAACGACGAAGUGUUAUUAACAGUGAAAUUAUCAACGGAUAAAAGUAAGAAGGAUAGAACUAAUAAUUACUUCGAACUGCACUAUUCCCCUCUACCGAACGGCUUCAAUUUGAAAUUACUCGCCGCUGCACUGCACCCAGGGCAUAUAUACGGGAUAACUUGUGGGAAUAUGGAGCCGCCAAGUGUACCUGAUUAUUUGCGUGUAUAUUGUCGGAUACCAGGGAAGCCACGUUUGCCGAAAAGGGUAACACGCGCAGUAAGCAGCGGUAAGCCAUUAUCACCAGAGAAGAUCAGCCCUAACAAAGAUACACCGGCGCCAUAUUGUAUACGCAAAACGAAUUUUGAAUAUUUAGAUGAUGACAGCAAUGAUGACGAUUAGCCGAUUUUUGCUGAAUAUAAUGUUAUAGUUAUAUUUUUCCUUAUGCAUUACUCAAUAAUAAUUUAUUUGGUUUGUUUCCACUA